UUCCAGCGCAAUGGUCCCGUUUGCCAAACCCAAUUACUCACCGACGUUCAUUUAUGAUGUCAGAUAAUUUAAGGAUUCUUAUGAUCUUUCCAUUUGUAUUAAACUGUUGUUUAACCCUUAAUAGUAUUAAGGAAGAUUAUUUAAAAUCUGCAUGCGAUAGAUUACAUUUUUCUCAACAGUUGGAAGUAAGGGAUUAUAUUAUUUAUACUUGGGCACUUUCCGCAAAAGCAGCUAAAGAAGUAUUUUCAUUAACUAUACAACGAUCCACUGGAUAUUCUAAGUUACAAGCUAUACUAAAUAAAGAACUUGAGGCUUUAAUUAAGCUUUUUCCUGAUAGUUUUCAAAACCUUCCCAACCUACAUAUAAACCGUCAUUUAGUGAAUUAUGCAUACCAAUACGCGACUUGUAUUAAUACAGCUGUUGGUACAAAAGAGAUGGUUCAUAGAAUAUUUAAAGCAAUUGUUCCGCAUACCAAUAAACAUAACCUUGAACUUACUCUAUUGCGGCAUAUUAAUACUUUACAAACUUUACGAUAUCUUGUUGAUAAUGGGAUAGACGAUCGAAUGCCUAACUAUUCUACACAAUCUAUUUUUAUGCCAUUAAUUGCUGUACCACGACUUUGUAAUUUGUUAUCUGGCUGGUGUAUUAAUAAUUAUAAUAAUUCAACUGUUAUUGUGAAUCCAAACUUUUUUAAUCGCUCCGAAAUAAAGUUAGGACAAAAAUGGAAUAAAUAUCAAAUCGAAACCGCAGGUUUUGUGUCAACAAAUAUUGAGACGAACAACCUUUUAAAAGAUAUUAUGGAUGCAUAUUCAUUAUAUUAUUCAUUUGAACAAGCUCUACUAGAAACGCGAGUUUGUUUUUAUGAGAAUGCAACAUAUACAAUAUGCCAAUCUAAUGGCGACUAUUAUGAUAUAAAAUUAAAAAUUGGAGAAAUAGUUGAGGCUAGAUUAUUUGGUGAAGAUCAUUCAAGAUUUGGUAAAAUAACCGGUAUAAUUGAGCAUUUUUGGAAUAACGGUCAAGCAUUUAUUUUUCUUUGCUUUAAUUGGCUAGAAAAUUUUAGUCAAUUAGAUUCUUUACUAGACUGCCCAAUUUAUCAUAUCCAGCAUAAUUCUUCAAAUCGAAUUCAUCCGAUUUCUGUAGUAUUACAGUCAUCGAAUAUUCAUUUUCUUCAUUAUUGUAAAGCAAGUUGUUCUUUUCAACAACAUGAUAUUACGAAUUAUGA